AUGCUCAAAGCCGUACAGAUCUUGGGUUGGUCAUCAGGGUUAACCAUCUCACAGAGAUUGACCAAGACCCGAAAGUCCUCCUCCUCGAGCGUCUCUCUCAAUCUCUCCACUUUCUCCUCUCUCACUCCGAGCUCUCCUCCUCGGAGAAUCCUCUGUUUCACCUCGACCCGAAUGUCUUCCUCAAAACCCGGGUCCGACCCGGUUCCAAAUUCUCCUACUUUCGUCUCUGUUCAAUCAGCUGGCGAUGUUCGAAAGAUAAAGUUCUGUCAAUGGUGUGGAGGGCCAACGAAGCACGAGAUACCUGACGGAGAAGAGAAGCUAAGAGCUAUUUGCACACAUUGCGACAAAAUCGCUUACCAGAAUCCCAAAAUGGUUGUUGGUUGUCUAAUCGAGCAUGAAGAAAAGGUUUUGCUUUGCAAGCGUAACAUUCAACCUUCACACGGUCUAUGGACUCUUCCCGCUGGUUAUCUAGAAGUUGGGGAGUCAGCAGCAGAAGGAGCAAUGAGGGAGACUUGGGAAGAAGCAGGAGCUACUGUGGAAGUUGUUUCGCCUUUUGCGCAGCUUGAUAUUCCUCUUAUUGGCCAAACGUAUGUUAUUUUCUUAGCAAAACUGAAGGACCUUCAUUUCGCGCCUGGUCCUGAGUCACUGGAGUGUCGUCUUUUUGCAUUAGACGAGAUACCUUUUGAUUCCUUGGCUUUUUCGUCUAUAUAUGUUACCUUAAACUUGUACUUGGAAGAUCUGAAGAAUGGGAAACUGAAGUUUCACUAUGGCCUGGAAGUAGUCCUUCAGAUAUACGUGCCUUUACUCUUGAUUACCAUUUGCAGCAUUGACUCGAGCUUACAGAAGCAGCUUCCUGGAUCUGCUUGUUACGGCUGA